UGUGCCUGUCUCUGCAACCGACGCAAUGAAAGUGAGAGUGAAGGACAGACACAUGAAAGAGAAGGACCCUUUUCUUUUUUCCUCAAACAAAGUCGUAAACAACAUUAUGGUUUCUCGUACCAACGUCAUUUUUCUCAUUUUUUAUUUAUUUAUAUAGCCGCACUUCGAGGCAGACAAUGAAUGGAAUACAAUACACCAUCAAUACCUAGUUCCAAAGAACGUUUUAAAAUUUUUUUUUUAAAAAAAGGAUGUUAUAGAAGAUUAGUGGGGAGGGAACAAGAACUCAAUCACUGAGUUGUUCUUUAAGAAGCUGCGUUUGUGAUAUUUUCUCCUACCAUUUCUGACUUUGUUUGAACUUUCACUCGCAGCUUCUUAUUCUUGUGAUUUAAGUUCCUCUACUCUCAGUCCAAGCUAUUGUUUUGGUGGGUGUAUAUCAAGGUGGAGUGAUAUAUAAAAUGGAGGAGAGACCAGAAGCAGAACUGAUAUCUAUACCGGCGACACCUAGGGUGUCGACGCCGGAGAUACUGACACCGGGACAGAGGUCGCCAAGAGCAGCAUCAAAGGAAGGAAAAUCAUGGACCCCAACUUCUUUUAUAUCACCAAGGUUUCUGAGUCCAAUAGGGACGCCAAUGAAGAGAGUGCUUGUAAACAUGAAGGGUUACUUGGAGGAGGUGGGACACCUUACCAAACUCAACCCUCAAGAUGCUUGGCUUCCCAUCACCGAGUCUCGCAAUGGAAAUGCUCACUACGCUGCAUUUCACAACCUCAAUGCUGGUGUUGGCUUCCAGGCCCUCUUUUUGCCAGUUGCUUUUGCUUAUCUUGGCUGGAGUUGGGGAAUUCUUUCCUUAACCAUAGCAUAUUGUUGGCAACUUUACACGUUAUGGAUUUUGGUUCAGCUUCACGAAGCAGUUCCAGGUAAAAGAUACAACAGAUAUGUGGAGCUAGCACAAGCAGCAUUUGGGGAAAGAUUAGGAGUCUGGCUUGCUCUCUUCCCAACUGUUUAUUUGUCAGCAGGAACUGCAACAGCUUUGAUUCUUAUUGGAGGAGAGACCAUGAAACUGUUCUUCCAAAUAGUUUGUGGUCCCACGUGUACCUCAAAUCCUUUAACCACAGUGGAGUGGUACUUGGUUUUCACUUCCCUAUCCAUUGUCCUGUCUCAGCUUCCAAACCUCAAUUCAAUAGCAGGACUCUCACUCAUAGGGGCAGUGACAGCCAUAACUUACUCCACCAUGGUUUGGGUCCUCUCUGUAAGCCAACAAAGGCCACCCUCCAUCUCAUAUGAACCCCUAUCAUUGUCACAACCUUCUGCUUCUGUAUUUCUUGCCAUGAAUGCACUUGGAAUUAUAGCCUUUUCUUUCAGAGGCCACAAUUUGGCCCUAGAAAUUCAGUCCACCAUGCCUUCAACUUUUAAGCACCCGGCUCGUGUGCCAAUGUGGAAAGGAGCAAAGGUUGCUUAUUUCUUCAUUGCAAUGUGCCUCUUCCCUAUUGCUAUUGGUGGCUUUUGGGCCUAUGGCAACCAAAUGCCUCCAGGAGGGAUUCUCACUGCUUUGUAUGCAUUUCACAGUCAUGACAUCUCAAGAGGAAUAUUAGCCUUAGCUUUCCUUCUUGUUGUGUUUAACUGCUUGAGCAGUUUCCAGAUAUACUCAAUGCCUGCUUUUGACAGUUUUGAAGCUGGCUACACCAGUAGGACAAACCGUCCCUGCUCCAUAUGGGUGAGAUCAGGCUUUAGAGUCUUCUAUGGAUUUGUCUCCUUCUUUAUAGGAGUGGCACUUCCCUUCCUCUCAAGUCUUGCAGGUUUGUUAGGAGGACUCACUCUCCCAGUCACUUUUGCAUACCCUUGCUUCAUGUGGGUUCUCAUAAAACAGCCACCAAAAUAUAGCUUCAACUGGUACUUCAACUGGAUUCUCGGUUGGUUGGGGGUUGGUUUUAGCUUGGCCUUUUCCAUUGGAGGUAUUUGGAGCAUUGUCAAUGAUGGGCUCAAAUUUAAAUUCUUCAAGCCCAAUUAAAAUUUUCAAUAAUAGGCCAUGCAAAUGCAGAUGCACUAUAUAGUAAUGCUACUCUUUAGGCGUUUUCCAAUGGUCUAAUAUUUAGUGCAUCUCUUCUGCCCUAAGCUAUCUUUGGUGGAAGAUUUGGUUCUAUUGUGGUGGUAAAAGGAAAACCAUAUAAUGAAGAGAAUGAUCCUUGCAUGUUAAGUGGAGACAGGGUUAGACCUUGCAAGUUACUCAAGUUUAAAGAAUAUCUCUCCAUGCCUUCACCGUUCCUCUUGAUGUGGUUCUCUUAUCUCUUGGUGCUAUAGCUUGUUAUGUUUAGAACAAUUGGUGGUUUGCUCUUAUUAAUUUUUGUAAUUGUAGAGACCUCCAGAACAAAAAUCGUCAAAGUCUUUCAAAUUGUACGUUGUAACCCGUGUGGUUUCAAAAGUGAAUUUCGCAGCAAAUCUAUCCCCUCCUUUCAUUUUUUUUUUAUUUUUUAUCUUUGUAUUGGUGACUAUUAAUUUGGUUAAUGAGAAGCAGAUAAAUCUUAUAUCAA